AUGACGACUACGCUCUCGUUCUCUGAUAGUAGUAUCCUCUCUACUCCCGAGCUCAGCUCCCCCAGUUCCGCGUCGUCGUCAAAUGACAGCUCUUCAUUUUAUUCAGCUGUUUCUUCCGGUGACUGGAAUAGCAUAGAAUCGGAAGCUUCACUUGUAGCUUCGACUCCCAUUUCAUCUGACAACAAUUCCGAGUCCGGUUACACCUCCCCUUACCCUCUGAGCUUUCCUUCCAAAGCCAAUUCUACCUCCGCGUCUGUGAUCCGAUCUUCUGUGAAGAACAUCGCGUCGUCAAAUGGGAUCAUUUUUGGCUCCUCAUUUGGAGAACAACGAAGAGCAGAUCGGCGAAGGCCUACCCCGUUACCUCUGGUGGACCCAUUAGAUGAAAUCCUUGCUUUACCUCUGGUCGGUUUCUCUGCCGUAUCAACCUCCUUGACAGAUGUUUCGGUUAUUGAGAGAGGAAGGUCUAUAACUACGAGGGGUGCCAGGAACCUUCUCGGACGAAGGGAAUCGAGCCAUGUAUCAGACGUACGGACGGAGCGGAUGAGACUCCAACGAGUGAGCUCCCUUCCAAGUAUCCCUUCGGCUACAUUGGAUCCUUUUUGGGAACUAUCUCCAGAGGCUCUGAACAGCAAAUCGGAGAAGGCAGUUCAAUUUGACGCUGCGGAUGCACUGCAAGAGGCUGUACCGAGGUUUUAUCCAACGCGUCCUAGUCAUUUGACCGAAGACUGUAAUACGAACGCAAUGGCUUCCUUGGCUUGGACGGGAACACUUCCCUCAGCUCUCCCGUCAUCCUUCCCCAUUGCCAACACUGAACAUGCAUCUAGCGCGCACCCUAUGAGCUGGACACUGACCAGCGCUUGUCGAUCUACCUGGAGCUUGUCCGACUCGCCUGAGCCUGGAAGUGCUCUCUUCAGCUCAAUCCCUAACCUCGAUGACGUCUUUUCCCCAAUUCCUCGCUCAAAUACACCGGUCGUUUCAGAGGCGUUUAGACUUUUGGAUUCAGACAGGCGUCGCCAAAGAAGACGCUGGACUCUGGCAAUGGUAAUCACGGACGACCGGAUAUCGGAUGAGAAGCUUGUGGAAAAGUUAGAUAGAAUGAUGGUAAGUAAUAUAGGUGGACAUGUUAGUAGUGGUUGGCAAGAAAACACUGGACUUCGAUCGCCUCUUUCCCCUACCUUGUUUUCUGCUGCUAUCCCGUCGUCUAACAUCUGCGCGUCUCCCAGAGAAGAACUGGAAGCAGAAUCUGAAGUGAACGUGGAUGAAGGAGACUGCAAAAACGUUGAAAAAAGAAAUGAUAUCGUUAAUGGUGUUCUUUUCCCCACUUCAAAUAAUCACUUUUCUCAAUCUACCAUCUGGAAGACCGCUCGGCGAACAUUGUUGAUAUGCCGAGAACUCGUACGAACAGAACGAUCUUACCUUUCCUACCUUCAAGUGAUGCUAUCGCAAGAGACCAUGACACCUCCUCCUGCAAUCCUUUUAGCUUACCUUCCUGCUCUUGUCCAAGCCAGCGAAAAGCUCUUGUCGCAGAUGGAGAUGAAUCCUAGCGCAGCUGGGGUUGCAGAAGCGUUUUUGGCCUGCGAAGACCAGCUGGAGUUGGCUUUCCUAGGGUGGUGUGGUAUAAUUGGCGGAUUUUUUGCCGGGGCGUAUGAUAGCCCGAGUAUCAAGCGCGCAAGGACUAGCAGUGCGAGUUUCGGGAGGAAGGACACUAGGAAGGGAGGUUAUUCUGACAGUAGUGUGAAACGACGGGUGGGCUCUUGGGGAAAGCGCCUCGGUUCCUUUAGAUCACGGAGCUGGAGUAUGAGCGGGAGGAGCGCUACCGAGCAUGCUGAGUAUAAGGUUGAAGUCAGCUUCGAAGAGAAGAAAGAGCUGAGAAUGGAAAGAUAUGUUCACUCAGUUCGGGAUCUGGCAAUUCUUCCUACGCAACGUGUAAUGAGGUACACGCUGCUAUUCAGAGACCUGGGAUCGCACAUGCCGUCCCCUUCUGCGUCUCAUGAAAAGGUUCAGAUGGCCCUUGAGGCUACUAUUUCGCUUGCUCAGAAGUGCAACAACGCACAAGGAAAUUCAGUGUUCCUUCACGAGCCUCGUUGA